UUUAAUAAAAAGUGGAAAUAAUUGGUGGAUUUGAAAGUCAUUGUUAAUGAAACCAGUUGAGGUUUUAUAAAAACACCGGAGCUAUGCUUUUUAAAAUAAAUUCACUGGGGUGUGAAAUAUUUUAAAACUUGAAUUUAUGUACCUAAGAAAAUUUGAGGGUGUAAGACAGCUCUGACACAUUAGUUGGCUGUUGGAACUGUUGGUACUUACUUUGAGUGCAGUAAGUUUAGUGGAAUACCUGUGUGUGGUCUGUGACCUUGCAGAAACAGAAAUAGAUGUGGCUGCAACUUGAAUUUCUAGCAGUAGCAAAACAUAAUGAAAAACUAAGGACUGCAGCCACAAAGCAGAGCAGUAGAGAUACUGAUAAAUUGAUUUUUACACAAUACAGCAAUGAGGUAGCAGGCCAAUAAGUAGGUCUGGUACUACUGAUGGAGAAGUGCCCAUGGAGAAAUAAUGAACAAGAGGAAACUGUUUUAAUGCAUGUUUUUCUGUAAUAUGGAAGAUAUUGUCAUGCUAUAGGGUUCAGUAGAAUGCUAGCUAUUUUUAAGCAUUGUUGGAUGCUAAUUUUAAAAAGAUGUUUUGCAGAUUAAUCGUCUGCAUACUGAUUAGUCUUCAUAUGAGGAAAAAAGUGGCACCUGUUGCCACUGAAUAAAAGGAUCUUGCAAUAACAUAGUGUUCAAAUUAAGAAAAUUACUGGUUUAAAAAUCUGUUGGAGUAGUAAAAAGAAUUGGCAUAUCUAUAAAGUAAAAUAAGACUUAGGGCUAGAAUUCAUUUUUGUAAUAGCUAUGUGUAAAUGUCUAGAGAUAUUCAUAGAAUCGUUUAGGUUGGAAAAGACCUUUAAGAUCAUCGAGUCCAACUGUCAACACAACACCACCAUGCCCACUAAACCAUGUCCUGAAGUGCCACAUUUAUUUUGGGGGUUUUGUGUUCAAUAAUCAAAUAAUGAUAGGUACAUUCACUUGUGAGAUGCAUGUCAUUGUAUUAUCAAUACCAAUAUAUGUCUAGUGUUUUAAAGAGAUUCUUUUCCUUUUUACAUGCCUUGUUUGUGCUCCCUGUAAGCUUUUUGAAGCCUUUGCUUUAGGAGGAGUACUGGCUCUGGAUGGGUGCUGUGUGCCUGGAAGGUGUCAUGUCCCAAGAAGGGAAGGUGUUGAGUCCAGGCUGGUUGUUCUGCUGUUUAGGGGCUGGCUGUGUGCUGAACCUGGAGUGCGAGGGAGGCACCUGGGUUCGUAGGGCGGGCUGGGUGCUGGAAGAGCUUCAGUAACUUAGGGGUAAGGAGGAAGUACGGUGGUCCCAGGAAAAAAGGUUGUUUACCAGGAGGAGAGAAAAAGGUUGGCAGUUUGGCAAGUGUUGAAGGCACAGAGUGGUCACAGUUGCAGUGAUGCUUGUGUGUGUAAAAAGGUUGAAACCCACUGUUAAAACAGCACCUGCAAGCAGGGCUGUAUCUUGCAGAAAGCACUGGGGAUGAAACCCCGGCUUGGCCUGAGUCUUAUUUUUAUUUACUCUGAGAAGUUGGCUGCACUGCUGUGGCCGAGAAAGGAAUGCUUAAUCUCCUUUCCCUGGAGAGUAAAUGGAACAUAAUGUCAGAGCAAGCUUGAACUUGUCCCCCAUAUUAGCUGUGUUACAAGCUGUCUUAUCACUUGAAUAGCCACAUAGUAAAUGUACUUUUUAAAGACUUAUUUGCAGGGUGAAUAGCUCUUCUUCAUUCCUACGUGUGUAUUAGACAUGUAUACUUGCCCAGUGAUGCCUUACAUUAUAAUUAGAGUACGAUUGAUUUUGGCGUGGGAGUGGUAUGCCAAGUGUGAGUUAUCAGUGACAUCUUUACUGCUGUUUUGGAAAUACCUGUAAAGGAGAGGUAUGGAAAUACUGGCAGAACUGUAACAGAGUAAUAGAAGUGUUAUAAUUAGGCAGCCAGAAAGAGUUUGAAAGAUUUUUCACCCUAAUGCUAAUUAACCCAUGAAGCAAGUGAGCAAGGAGAAUCAUUGAAUCAUGGGACAACAGUAAAUUAAAGACACUGUUCAUGUAUAAAGAAAAGGAGCUGCAGAUUCAAGAAAACAAAAGGCAUGCGAGAUCAAGAAACUAUGUUUCAGAAUCAGAAGUGUGCAAACUGGAAUCUGUACCCUUGGAUUUUGGUGACUAUCAUCCGCUAAAGCCCAUUACAGUUACUGAAUCCAAGACCAAGAAAAUGAACCGGAAAGGAAGUACUUCUUCUACCUCCUCCUCUUCUUCUAGUUCUGUGAUGGAUCCAUUGAGCAGUGUAUUGGACGGUACUGAUCCAUUGUCAUUAUUUGCAGCAGCUGCAGAUCCUGUGACGACUACUGCUACCAUGGAUAGUACACGAAAGAAACGGGAUAAAGAUGACAGCUCAGCAGUAGGAAGUGACUUUGAACCAUGGUCAAGCAAACGUGGUGAAAUCCUUUCUAGAUACACAACAACAGAGAAGCUCUCUAUUAAUCUGUACAUGGGAUCUGAAAAAGGAAAAGCUACAACUACUGGCUCAGCAGUUUCUGAAAAAGUGAGGACAAGGUUAGAAGAGCUGGAUGAUCUGGAAGAGGGGUCACAGAAAGAGCUGUUGAAUUUGACUCAGCAGGAUUACAUGAACAGAAUUGAAGAACUAAACCAGUCUUUGAAGGAUGCUUGGUCGUCUGAUCAGAAAGUAAAAGCUUUGAAAAUAGUCAUCCAGUGUUCUAAGCUUCUUUCAGACACAACAGUAAUCCAGUUUUAUCCAAGUAAAUUUGUUUUGAUUACAGAUAUCCUUGAUACUUUUGGGAAACUAGUGUAUGAAAGAAUUCUGUCAAUGUGUGUGGACAGUCGUGUCUCUUUGCCAGAUAACUUUUCUCCAGAGAGUGUUAAUGAUACGGCUAAAGAAACUUGCUUAAACUGGUUUUUCAAGAUUGCUUCAAUCAGAGAACUCAUUCCCAGAUUUUAUGUGGAAGCAGCAAUACUGAAGUGCAAUAAGUUCCUAUCCAAAACGGGGAUUUCGGAAUGUCUCCCACGGUUGACUUCUAUGAUUAGAGGAAUUGGAGAUCCACUGGUUGCAGUCUAUGCGAGAGCAUACCUUUGCAGGGUUGGAAUGGAAGUGGCACCACAACUCAAAGAAAGCCUUAACAAAAAUUUCUUUGACUUUCUUCUAACAUUUAAACAAAUUCAUGGGGAUACAGUUCAGAAUCAGCUGGUAGUACAAUGUGUGGAAAUUCCUUUGUAUUUGACUUUAUAUUCUCCUGCUAUAGACUGGAUUUUACAGUGUAUUGCAUACCGUGCUCCUGAAGUUCUGCUUACUGAGAUGAUGGAGAGAUGCAGAAAAUUGGGGAACAAUGCUUUGCUGUUGAAUUCAGUAAUGUCAGCAUUCAGAGCGGAGUUUAUUGCUGCCAGAUCUAUGGACUUCAUUGGCAUGAUUAAAGAGUGUGAUGAAUCUGGAUUCCCAAAGCAUCUCCUCUUUCGCUCCUUGGGAUUAAACUUGGCAUUGGCUGAUCCUCCUGAAAAUGAUCGCCUUCAAAUAUUAAACGAAGCCUGGAAGGUUAUAACAAAGCUGAAGAACCCACAGGAUUAUAUCAACUGUGCUGAAGUGUGGGUGGAGUAUACAUGCAGACAUUUUACGAAUCGAGAGAUCAAUACGGUUUUGGCUGAUGUUAUCAAACACAUGACUCCUGAUCGAGCAUUUGAAGAUGCUUACCCACAGCUGCAGUCAAUUAUUCAAAAAGUUAUUACCUAUAUCUAUGACUUCUCUCUGCUUUUUUCAGUGGAGAAAUUCUUGCCAUUUCUGGAUAUGUUCCAGAAGGAAAGUGUGAGAGUGGAGGUUUGCAAGUGCAUUAUGGAAUCUUUUAUUAAGCAUCAGCAGGAAUCUACAAAGGAUCCUGUUAUACUUAAUGCUCUUCUGCAUAUCUGCAAGACAAUGCAUGAUUCUGUGAAUGCACUAACUCUGGAGGAUGAGAAAAGAAUGUUAGCAGCUUUGAUAAAUGGAUUUAUAAAAAUGGUUUCAUUUGGCCGUGACUUUGAACAACAGCUGAGUUUCUAUGUUGAAGCCAGGUCAAUGUUUUGCAAUCUGGAGCCUGUUCUAGUCCAGUUGAUUCAUUCUGUGAACCAGCUAGCAAUGGAAACAAGAAAGGUGAUGAAAGGAAAUCAUUCCAGAAAGACUGCUGCGUUUGUCAGGGCUUGUGUUGCCUUCUGCUUCAUUACAAUUCCAUCUCUGAGCAGUAUCUUCACACGUCUUAAUCUGUAUCUACACUCCGGACAGGUUGCUCUGGCAAAUCAGUGCCUUUCACAAGCUGAUGCUUUUUUCAAAGCUGCAGUGAGCCUUGUUCCUGAAGUGCCAAAAAUGAUCAGUGUAGAUGGAAAGAUGCGACCUUCUGAUGCCUUCCUCCUGGAAUUCCUUUGUAAUUUUUUUUCCACAUUAUUAGUUGUUCCGGACCAUCCAGAACAAGGAGUGUUGUUUCUUGUGCGAGGAUUACUAAACGUGAUCCAGGAUUAUACUUGGGAGGAUAACAGCGAUGACAAAGUCAGGAUUUAUACUAAUGUUUUGCAUCUGCUGUCUGCAAUGACUCAAGAAGCAUACAUCUACCAUGUAGAUAAAGUUGAUUCCAAUGAUACCCUGUAUGGUGGAGACUCCAAGUUCCUGACUGAAAUUAAUAAACUGUGUGAAACAGUGAUAGCACAGAUCCUGGAUCAUCUGAAAACCCUUGGAAAAGAAGAGACCCUAAAGCGACAAAGCCAGUUGGCACUCUAUUUCUUUAACACUAUUCUAGCUCAUGGGGAUCUACGAAACAACAAACUAAACCAGCUUUCAGUCAAUCUCUGGAAUCUUGCUCAGAAACAUGGCUUUGCUGACACCAAGACUAUGGUGAAAACGCUAGAAUACAUCAAGAGGCGAAGCAAACAACCUGAAAUGAGUCACUUCACAGACUUGGCCCUUCGGCUUCCUCUGCAGUCCAGGACCUGAUUAAUGCCUUAUUCCCAAGGAGUCAUCUGUACAAGAGAGCAUGUAGCCAAGGCCAAAAAUCACUGAUCUAGAUUUUGACUGGAGGAGUUAAGCAUAUUUUUAUUUUACUUAGUGUGACAGAUUUACUUGGACACAGGUAAAGGUAAAACUGUUCUGAGUGCAAUAAUUUAACGUGAAUUUCUGUUUCCAGUUUUACCACUAUACUCUGAUUUUAAAUGCUGAUUUAGAUUCAGUAAAUGGUAUUUUGAACCUUUAUGGUUGCAAAAGCCUUUUGAAAUCUAAUCUGUGGUCAUUUUAGCAACAAAGGAGGAAGAUAAUGUGCACGGAUCAAUUCACAGCCUCCAAACUUCAUCCCACUUGCAGAAUAGUCUUUCUCCUGUGUAGAAAUCAGCAUUUCAAUAUAAUAAUCCUGCUAAGUCGUCUUUCUGCUUUGGGGUGCUGCCAACAUUUAUUUGGUCAGUUCCAGCAGAAGAAAAUAAUGGCCAAGGUGUCACUGUUCUAAUUUCUACAAUACAUUUUCACAGGCCUGUUUAUGCUUUCAUUUUAGUUCAGUGGUGUUUUGUAAAAUGGAAGGAAUAUUUAAGUGCUGUCUGCAAAGGAAAAUGGAAAUGUAUGCAAAGUACUCUAUGUUCGCAAAGUACGCUGUCACUGAAUAAAACAAUUUGCAGUUCA